AUGCGCUACACAGGAAGUAGAGCAGCUAAUGAAACGUACAGCUGUCUUAAUGCGACUGCUGACCUUGGCAACUGUUCUUUAAUCAAUGAAACUACUCAGUGUACAGUUCCUACGAGUUCUCCUGUUCCCAGUGCAAAUGCUACUUCACCUAUUAUAAUUCCAACCUCUGCAAAUUCAACUGCUGCAGGUCAGAAUGCAAGUACCACAGCAGUUGCUACAACAUCAGUGCAAACAGCUUCUGCUUCAACAGGUACACCGGUUACUACAAUGUCUCCAACUACUGCUCCUCACAAGAAAGCAACCUUUGAUGCAGCCAGUUUCAUUGGUGGGAUAGUUCUGGUUCUCGGACUCCAGGCUGUUAUCUUCUUUCUCUACAAGUUCUGCAAGUCCAAGGAUAGAAAUUACCAUACUCUAUAAAAAAAAAAAAAAAUAAAAAGGGAAAAAAUGUCAUAGGCCCUUUGCAAUUGCUGAAGGCAGUUAUUUGUUGCUGGAUUAAUGUUAAUGUUACCAUUUAUGGAGAUAUCACUUGUCAGAGUUGGUGUUUAAGUAAAUUUUGUUUCCUACUGUGGUUGUCCGUGCAGCAUAUCUUGUGACAGAGCUAGAUUGAAGGAUCUUUGCCAAAACCUGUGCUGCCUGUUUCGUUAUUUCAGACUGUGACUUCAUGUAAAAACUUAAUUUUUGCUUUUACCACCAUGGAACGGGUUCUUUUGUUUUUCUUUCCUGUACCUAAAAUGCCAAAUGUGUGUGCAUUUCUCUGCCUUGUUCAAAUACCAUUUGAUUUUUUGAAUUUAAUUAUUUUCAAUUUUGCCUCAAGUCGUAGAGGUAGCAUUCAUGCUUAUGUUCCAUAAUGUUAAUGGGAUUGGCUGUUAUGCAUUACAAAGGAAUCCAAGCAUUCUACUAAUAUAUGACCCAUACUGUUUAUUUCCAUUUAUUAGUGUAAAUCCAGAUAUAGUUUCCAUUCAUCCACUGGCGUGCUAUAAACAUCUUAUCCCUCCUUUGGUAAAUUCAUCUGUUCCCAUUGCCAACUCAUGCAUUUAUGUAAAAAUGACCAUCAUGCCCAGCACAGAUGUUUUUCCUUUUAAAAGGGAGUAGUAGUAGCUGCUUACCAUAUCUAAUAUCCCAUAUACUACACUGGUUGCUGAAAUGCAACCAGGAUAUCCCUCAUUUUGUAGUAAUAGAGUUGAUGAGCACCGAGAAAAUAGACUUGAUUUUUUUAACUAGAAAAGAAGAUGACAGAAAAUUUUGAGCUAGACCUUUCUUUCGGUCUUAACACCUAGAUAAAAAGUUAACUUAAGUGUACAAUUAAUUGUUUGGUCACUGAGAGAAAUAGUGUGUCCCUUAACUGUGUAGUAGUAAAAAAAAAAAAAAAGUACAGAAUAACAAGUGAGAGCAUAUAGAAAUGUAUUUGACUAAGGAGGAGCACAAAUUUAUUUGAGUAGUAGUUUUACUCUCUGUAUUGUUGACGGUGGUUAACUGUUAAAAAUGGGACUUUUUCAUUUUGUAUGACCCAGAUUCUUGAGUUCAUCUUCUAGGAAAUGUGUUUACAGCUGAGGCACCAUUAUUUUUGAAGGAAAAACUCUUACUGAAGUAGUAAUAUUGCCAUUUCUCAAAGGUUGUAACACAUUAGCUGGACAGUGUAUUUUAUUGGUGCUGGUAUUUUUUAAUAUAUCUGUACAUUUUACACCAUGUUUGGUAGAUUAUUAUCAUUGAAGAUGUUUGAACUUGAUUUUAUUGAGGAUGUUUGUUUUGUAGUACAUGGGCAGCAGAAACCACUUGGUUCUUAAUUUACUUCUGUCCUUGCAUGCCUCAGUGUGCUUUGCCACAUUUUUGCCAGAGCUGUAUUUUGCGCUUGUAUAGUAAACAAAAAAAAAAUGUUAAUCCAAGAAUGUAAAAGAUGGCUUUAUGCGUCAGCUGUUUUUGAAAAUACGAUGUGUAGCAAAAGCCUUCUGUCUUUUGAUGCUGCCCUUGCUGUUACCAAAUCAUUGUAUUUAUUUUAACAAGUGUACAUAUUUCAGGUCUGUAAAACAAAAGCUUUCAUUUUAUUGCACAGUUUCCCAUUUCUUUGUAUGUUGCAGACUAAUGGAAGCAGACUCCAUUGGUAGUUUGUGCAGAGGACUAAGGCUGUGUGAGAUCUUAGCAAGCAUGUCACUUAACUAGACAAUGCUCUGGGGCAGUUGGGAAGUUGGCUAGGCUCAUCAGUGAUGGAUCACUUGCCUAGUUUAACCAGCAGUGCACCUAUGACAGCAUUGGUCCAUUACUCCAGUUAAGAUGUAAAUUAAAAUCAAAAUUAAUGCUUUUAUUGUUCUUGCAUUAUCUGCAAAUUGUCAUUGGUGCACAUAAAUCUUUUAUUUAUAUUGAA